AUGCUAAAGCUUCUUUAUACUAACACGAAAGCACAAGUGCGAAUUGACGGUGAUUUUUCGGAAACAUUCGAUAUUGAAACCGGUGUCCAACAAGGUGGAAUUCCAUCUCCCGUCCUGUUCAAUCUCUUGUUUGACUUUAUCACGCGUAAGAUAUUGGCUGAAGUAGGUGUAUCUGGGGUGAAACUGGCAUAUGGAAAUGGUGAUUUUUAUCAUUCUACGCGCGAGGCACAUGAAGAUAUUGAAAUACUCGAUUUGAUAUACGCGGAUGACGUGGUGGCAAUGUGCACAACAGCGGCUGAUCUCGAAAAGUUUAUUCGAACAUUCGAGAAAGUAACUCAAGAAUGUGGAUUGAAAAUGAGUGUCAAAAAGACGUGCAUAAUGUCUUUGAAGCAGCUUAAAGAAGACGCGUCCAGAAAAGUAAUCAAAGAUCAGGAAGUGGACAAUGUAAAAAUUGAUAUUACGAUCAGGAAUCAAACCGUUGAUAUAGUCGAGUACUUUGCAUAUCUGG